AUGGGCACCUCCUUUCUUCAAAAAGUCGUCAAGAACGACGCGAUGAAGCAGGACCCUCCUGAGAUUUACGGAUGGAGGGUCUACGCUCUCGCCUGUUCCGCCUGUUUUGGUGGUCUGAUUUUCGGUAUCGAUACUGGUGUCAUCGGUGGUGUUCUCCGCAUGGACGCGUUUAAGGAACUCUACAAGCUCGACAAGAUGUCUGAUCUCGAACGCUCCAACCUCGGCGCGAAUAUUGUCUCUACUCUACAAGCUGGAUGUUUCCUCGGUGCUCUCCUCGCUGCCCAGGCUGCCGAUAGAUUUGGUCGUCGUCCCGUUCUCAUUUGGGCCGCGGGUGGAAUCUCCGUGGUUGGUGUAGUCCUUCAGGCAGCUGCUUCUGGCCAUCUCGCGGCCAUGUAUGUUGGCAGAUUUAUUUCUGGAUUCGGUACUGGAUUUGCUUCCAUGGUUAACCCGCUUUACGUCGCUGAAAAUGCUCCUCGAGCAAUUCGAGGCGGUUUAACCGGUAUCUAUCAACUGUUUAUUGUAUUCGGAAUUUUCCUGGCCUACUGGAUCAACUACGGCUGCUCGCGGGGUCCCCAGAACACUGCUUCUUACAUGAUUCCACUGGCCAUUCAGGGAGUCCCUCCUCUCAUGCUCAUGAUUUCGAUGUUUCUGUGCAAUGAAUCACCUCGCCAUCUAGCCAAGCAGGAUAAGUGGGAGGAAGCCCUUGCUGUCUUGUCCAGCAUUCGUGCUCUGCCUGCUGAUCAUCCCUACGUCGCUAACGAAUUUGCCGACAUCAAGGCUGCUAUUGACGAAGAAAACGCUAUUCUUGACGGCGCUAGCUGGAUGAGUCUGCAAAAGGAGAUGUGGCUGGUGCCUGCCAACCGCAAGCGUGCUAUCAUUUCUAUCCUUCUCAUGUUCUUCCAGCAGAUGACAGGUACCAACGCCAUCAACUACUAUGCGCCUCAAAUCUUUGCGACUCUCGGUGUUGAGGGUACUCAAAACGAGCUUUUCGCCACUGGUAUUUACGGCCUUGUCAAGCUCAUCGCGGUGUCGGUUUUCUUGGUCUUCGUGGCCGACUCCUUGGGCCGUCGCAAGUCUCUCAUGUGGACAGGUAUUGGCCAGGCCAUGACCAUGCUGUACGUCGGCAUUUUCAUCGCCGUAGCCAGGCCGAGCGAGAAUAGUCAGGUCACCGCCGCUGGAUACAUUGCCCUGAUUUGCGUCUUCCUAUUCGCCUGCAUGUUCCAGUUCGGCUGGGGACCUUGCUGCUGGAUCUACGUUUCCGAGAUUGCCACCACCCGUCUUCGCGCAACCAACGUCUCUUUCGCCGCCGCGACCCAGUGGCUCUUCAACUUCGUCAUCUCCCGUGCGGUGCCGCCCAUGUUGGUGACCAUGGGCACUGGUGGUUUUGGUACAUACGUCUUCUUCUGUUGUUGGUGUCUCAUCAUGACUGUGUUCGUCUGGUUCUUCGUCCCCGAAACGAAGGGUCUCUCCCUUGAGGCCAUGAACGACCUCUUCGGGUUCCAGGAUGACCUCAAGACCAAGCGCGCCGAUAUUGAGGGCUCUUCUGUCAAUGAAAAGCAGGGCAACGUUACCCAGCUUGAGGAGAGCGCCCCUCCUGCCAAGGCCUAG